AUUUCCACGUCGACUUUAAGCCUUUGGCUCCACUCACGGGCGAGGGAAUAUUCGGCACAAGAGACAGUAUCAAAGAAGAGCUCAAUGUUGAUGUCACCGAAGACACCUGUCUGGAAAUCAAGGAAGAACCACUUGGUCAUGCAGAUGAAGCGUGGGAUGAAAUGGCCGACGUAAAAGUGGAACAAGAAUGCCUCUCCUUUCACAGUGUUCAUGACGAAAGGCAUGACGAACCAACUGCAAAGGACUCGUGUUUUUUUCGUUCAAGAUCGUCAAGACCCGUUAAGAGCGCCAUUUGCGGCUGAGAACUGUGGAGACAAGUGUUCAUCAGAUGUUCACCAGGCGACGCAGAAGGAAAGUCUUGAGGAUGAACACCUAAAAGUGGAAGCCACAUUGAAACGCUUUUUAUGUGAGGUGUGUGGCAAGAAAUUCUCUUGCAAAAGUCAAAUCACCAUUCAUAUGAGAGUUCACACAAAGGAGAAGCCAUACACCUGUGAUAUUUGCAACAAGGCGUUCUCUCAUAGAGAUCAUCUAGUCAAGCAUAUCAGAGUACACACAAAAGAGAAGCCAUACACUUGUGGGACUUGCAACAGGGCUUUCUCUCAGAAAGACAGUUUGGUCAAGCAUAUCAGAGUGCACACACAGGUGAAGCCAUACAUUUGUGAUGUCUGCAACAAGACAUUCACUCAGAAAGGUAAUCUAGACAUGCAUAUCAGAGUACAUACAAAGGAGAAACCAUACAUUUGCGAGACUUGCAACAAGGCUUUCUCAGUAAAAGUUAGUCUAGUGAAACACAUCAGAGUUCAUACAAAGGAGAAGCCAUACGUUUGUGAUAUUUGCAACAAGGCGUUCUCUCAGAAAGUUCAUCUAGUCAAGCAUACCAGAGUACACACAAAGGAGAAGUCACAUACAUGUGAGACUUGCAACAAGGCUUUCUCUAACAAAAGCAAUCUAGUUCAGCAUGUCAAAGUACAUACACAGGAGAAGCCAUACAUCUGUGAAAUUUGCAACAAGGCAUUUUCAGAAAAGGGUAAUCUAGUGGUACACAUUAGAGUACACACAAAGGAAAAGCCAUUCAUCUGUGACGUUUGCGAAAAGGCUUUCUCAGUAAAAGAUAAACUAGUGAGACACAUGAGAGUACAUACAAGGGAGAAGCCAUACCCCUGUGAUAUUUGUGACAAGGCUUUCUCAGUAAAAUCUAGUCUAGUGAGACACAUGGCAGUCCAUACAAAGGAGAAGUCAUACAGUUGAGAGAUUUAACAAUAAGGUCUUUUCAUAGAAAAAUCAUCUGCAGUGAGUCAUAUGAGUACAUGCAAGUUAUAAUCACACUGGCAUUC